AUGGCUGCUACUCCUGGUCCAAAUAGGGGCAUAGCCGUGUUUUCCGGUGGGAGUGCUGCGAAUAAUCUAGUAGACGUUUUCAGUGCCAUCAGGGAAACCAAAGACUGUCCUUUGAGUUACAUUAUUCCAAUCAGUGAUAAUGGUGGAUCAUCAUCCGAACUUAUCAGAUUCUUUGGCGGUCCUGGUAUUGGAGAUGUCCGAAGCAGACUCGUACGUUUGAUUCCCGAUUCACCAGCUGAUCCAGAACGGGCUGCUAUCAAAACAUUUUUCAAUCAUCGACUUUCAUCUAAUGCCAGCACCGCACAUGAUGAGUGGUAUUCUAUUGUUGAGGGAAACUCCUCCCUGUGGAAAGAUAUCACUCCUGCAAAAAAGGAGCUGGUCCGCUCAUUUCUGAAUUUACUUAAUCUUGAGAUCCUAAAGCGCGCGAGGCCUCCUUCAUCGACUUUCGACUUUACUUCUGCCAGCGUUGGCAAUCUCUUCUUAACUGCUGCCAGGGUCUUCAGCGGGAGCUUUGAGAGCGCUAUUUACCUUCUUGCAAGCAUAUGUUCUGUUCCUAUUGACAGCAUGCGGGUUGUUCCCGCCAUCAACUCCAAUUUUUCUCAUCAUAUAUCUGCCUCUCUCGAGGAUGGAACCGUGAUUGUUGGCCAAAACAGCAUUUCUCAUCCAAGUGAAGCAACCGCCAUUCAACCAAUGCCCUCCUGCAGACGCCCAAGUUUACUGUUGGCUGAUGGGGACGAUCCAAGCAUUGAGCUAGAAGAUCCCCUAUAUGAAGAAAGCCAUUUACCUGGCUCGCUUCCGACGUUAAGGAACAAGAACAUCAAGUUCAGCAAAUCGGCCGUCGAUGAGCUCCCAAGCCGUAUCUCCCGCGUUUGGUAUAUCAACCCUUAUGGACAAGAAAUCAGGCCUCCAGCGAAUCCUCGUGUACUGGAGGCACUGCGUUCAUCUCAAGCGAUAAUUUACAGCAUCGGCUCUCUCUACACCUCGCUCAUACCUUCCAUAAUCCUUAGAGGGGUGGGCCGUGCAAUAGCGGCAGGUCCUGCACGACAAAAGAUCCUCAUUCUAAACGGGUCUUUAGAUCGUGAAAGUGGCCCGUCAUCUCGACCGCUAACAGCGUCCGAGUUUGUUGAAGCUAUCGUCCGAGCGGCGGAGGAGAGUCGCGGCCACAGGCGCCAAAACUCGACACCGCAAAACGCUUGUAGCCCCAAGUUUAACCCGCCACGAAUUACAACGCCGCAGGAACCGUAUACGUCCUAUGUGACGCAUAUUUUGCAUCUUGAUGGGCCAGGAACACCACAGGUGGAUCGAGAUCGUCUAAACGAGAUGGGCAUCGAAUGUUUACGCUUGUAUGGGAGAAAGGUAGUGAACGAGGAAGGAGCUGUAGUAGGGAUGAAGUAUGAUCCGACCGCUUUGGUGCAGGCACUGGAAGUGGUAUUGGGGAAAAAGGGGGAUGCAAUGGUCAGGGUUGGGUUGAGCGGGGAGAGGAGUAGAAGGAACACCAUGGAAGGCGUUGGGCGGAAAUAA